AAACAAAACCCCACACACACACACACACACACACACACACACACACACACACACACACACACACACACACACACACACACACACACACACUUUCUCCACUUCGUCCAACGUGAAAAAUCCUCCAACACGGCAGUUUAUCCCACCAGAAGGAUUCCUCCAGCGUGGUGGGAAAAAAUCAUCUAACCUGGGUUUGUCCAACGUGAAAAAUCCUCCAACACGGCAGUUUAUCCCACCAGAAGGAUUCCUUCAGCGUGGUGGGAAAAAAUCAUCUAACCUGGGGGGAGAGUCGGGACCUGUCACCGGUUCGUCCAACUUGAAAAAUCCUCCAACCUGGCAGUUUAUCCCACCAGAAGGAUUCCUCCAGCGUGGUGGGAAAAAAUCAUCUAACCUGGGUUUGUCCAACGUGAAAAAUCCUCCAACGCGGCAGUUUAUCCCACCAGAAGGAUUCCUUCAGCGUGGUGGGAAAAAAUCAUCUAACCUGGGGGGAGAGUCGGGACCUGUCACCGGUUCAUCCAACUUGAAAAAUCCUUCAACCUGGCAGUUUAUCCCACCAGAAGGAUGCCUCCAACGUGGUGGAGAUUCCUCCAACUUGGAAACAAGACCCCACACGCACGCACGCACACACACACACACACACACACACACACACACACACACACACACACACACACUUUCUCCACUUUAUCCAACGUGAAAAAUCCUCCAACGCGGCAGUUUAUCCCACCAGAAGGAUUCCUCCAGCGUGGUGGGAAAAAAAUCAUCUAACCUGGGUUUGUCCAACGUGAAAAAUCCUCCAACGUGGCAGUUUAUCCCACCAGAAGGAUGCCUCCAACGUGGUGGAGAUUCCUCCAACUUGGAAACAAGACCCCACACGCACGCACGCACGCACACACACACACACACACACACACACACACACACACACACACACACACACACACACACACACACACACACACUUUCUCCACUUUAUCCAACGUGAAAAAUCCUCCAACGCGGCAGUUUAUCCCACCAGAAGGAUUCCUCCAGCGUGGUGGGAAAAAAUCAUCUAACCUGGGUUUGUCCAACGUGAAAAAUCCUCCAACGUGGCAGUUUAUCCCACCAGAAGGAUUCCUCCAACGUGGUGGAGAUUCCUCCAACUUGGAAACUUGUGUUUGUGUGUGCUUUCACCUGCAAAUUAUUUCACCACCCUCACGUAGCUUGGACUAAAAACAAACAAAAAAAGAGAAAACCGGUCUUACUUAUGAGUUGGUGUUAGGGAGACGCUUGCGUGCCCGCGUUUCCUGCAUGCUUGCGUGCCUGACCCCCUGCUCAUUGGCCUGCCUGCCUGCCUGCCUGCCAGCCUGCCAGCUUGUCUGCCAGCUUUGCGCUCUCUCUUCAUGGCCGCUGCUCGUUUCACCGCCGCACAGGUUCUAGAGCAGAUUUUUUUAAGCCAAUCUAAUGACGACUCUGAACCAGAAGAGGAAUCUGAGGAAGACGUGUCAAGUGAAGAAGAGAAAGAAAAAGGAGAAGCAGAAGAAGCAGAUACAGCAGGACCAGAAACAGAUGAAGGACAAAAAGACAGCGAGGGAUGUGAUCUAAGGCUGGACACUUCAGAUGAAGAAGUUGAUGAUGAAGAAUAUAAUGAUGAUGAUGAUGAAGAAGUUGAUGAUGAAGAAUAUAAUGAUGAUGAUGAUGAUGAUGAAGAUGAUGAUGAAAUAAUAGAAAAUGUGCAAAGACUGGAGCAAAUAGAACUCGAGGAUGAAGAAGAAGAAAAAGAAGAAGAAGAAGAUAAAACUUUUAUCUCUAAAGACGGGAAAAUAAAAUGGUCCUCCGCUGCGUUUCGCAACGGCGAGGAAGCGAGGAACGUCCCUCUUAGUCCUCUUUCUGCCCAGGGACCCACAGAGUACGCGGCGGCUCAGGCGGUCGACUUUGAAUCGACCUUCCGCAUGUUUGUGACCCCGGCGGUGGAAAGGAUCGUCCUGGAGAACACCAACCUGGAGGGCUCUCGAAAGCUCGGGAGCGCCUGGAAGGGCAUGGACGAGGUCGACCUGCGAGCCUACUUGGGCCUCCUGAUUUUGUCCGGCGUCUACAGGUCCCGAGGGGAGGCCGUGGCCAGCCUGUGGGACGCCGAGAGCGGCAGGGCCAUUUUUCGCGCCACGAUGUCGCUCAAGUUGUUUCACGCUUACUCGAAGCUGUUGCGUUUCGACGAUCGCCAAACGAGACCCGCCAGGCGAGCGACGGACAAACUGGCAGCUGUGAGAGAGGUCUGGGACGCGUGGGUGGAGCGGCUGCCCAGCCUCUACGACCCGGGUCCUAACGUGACGGUGGACGAGCAACUGGUACCUUUCAGAGGUCGUUGCUCUUUCAGACAGUACAUGCCUAGCAAGCCAGCAAAAUACGGCCUCAAGUUUUGGGUGGCGUGCGACGCCAAGUCCAGCUACGCUUGGAAGAUGCAGCUUUACACAGGCAAGCCAGGAGGAGGAGGAGGAGGAGGAGAAGGAGGAGGAGGAGGAGAAAAGAGAGCUUCUGAAAAAAAGCAGGGCCAGCGGGUCGUGCUAGACGUCACAGAAGGGCUCGCCGGGCCUCGCAACGUGACGUGCGACAACUUUUUCACUUCCUACGAACUGGGCCAGCGGCUCCUGCGCAGGGAGCUCACCAUGCUCGGUACGGUUCGCAAGAACAAGCCGGAAUUGCCGCCGGCGCUCCUCUCGGUCAAGGGCAGGAGCGCCUUCUCCUCCGCGUUUGCCUUCACUCCCAGCACCGUCCUGGUGUCCUACGUGCCCAAGAAAAACAAAAACGUGAUCCUGAUGAGCACGCUACACUCGGCCGCCACGGCCGCCGACGACGUCCUCCUCGUCGACGCAGGACGGCGGGACAAAAAGCCCUUUGCCGUCCUAGACUACAACGCCACCAAGGGAGGCGUAGACAACCUGGACAAGGUGAUAGGAACCUACAGCUGCAGGAGAAAGACGGCGCGCUGGCCCGUGGCGGUGUUUCACAACGUCCUAGACGUGUCUUGCUACAACGCUUUCGUCGUGUGGCGGGAGGCCCACCCGGACUGGAUGCCCGGCAACCGCAGCAAGAGGAGGGUGUUUCUAGAGCAGCUGGGCAAGGCGCUCGUGACUCCUCUCAUCCGCAGAAGGCGCCAUCCGCCUCGCGGCGAAGCGUCCGCCUCGCUCGUGCGGACGCUUCAGAAGGGGGUUCGGGACACCCGUGCGGGUCCUCCUCCCGCUCCCUGUCCUGCUCUUCCGGACUCGGGGCAGCAGCAACAGCAGCAGGAGCAGCAGGAGCAGCAGGAGCAGCAGCAGCAGCAGCAGCAGCAGCAGCGGCAGGCCCUCACCGCAGACCUCGUCUGGGGUGAAGACGGGGACGAUGAGGGUGACGGAGGAGAACACGACGGCCUCGGUUCCGCCGCUAGCGACCGGGCGCAAAAGGGCAAGAGGAAAAGGUGUCAAAUUUGUCCGCGCGCGAGGGACCGCAAAACAAACAACGUUUGCCAUCGGUGCGAGAGAUACAUCUGCCACAGACAUUUGCUCUUCUGCUGUUCAGACUGCGCCCCUCGCUCCUGAAGAUAAUUUGUUUGUUCAUUAGCAAAUGAAAUAAUAAUAAUAAUAAUAAUAAUCAUAAUACUAAUAAUAUUCCGUGUGUUUUAUACUAUUGUUGAUGUUUUUGUUGUUGUCAGUGUAGUAACACUAUUUACAAACAAAGUGUAACAUGUAAAAGAAAAAUAAUUAAUAAAAUAAAGCAAAAGCAUUUGAAUUAGGGUAUUUUGUUUUUUUUUUCUCCAACCUGGGAAGUUUCCAACUUGGAAACACACAACGUCACGGCCCUCCUUGUAUUCCCACACACACACACACACACACACACACACACACACACACACACACACACACACACA